CCUAAUCUGUCCAACAAUCACCUGAUCUGAUCUUUCCAACGACACAAAACCAAACAACCACUAGCCAUUCAGACACCUUCACAUCACACUUCAAUUUCUUACACCUUCCCUUUGAUUUGUUGCGAAUUAAUGGCCGGCGUUCUCGAAACCCUCACCGUUCCUCGUGCCUCCGGAUUUCCGGCAGUUUCUCUAACUCCGAUCGCCUCUUCUCCGGUCUGUCAACUCUCCCUCCGUCGGAACUUUGUGCCGGAAUCACGAGGCUUGAAGUUAAACAUCCGUUCCUUCCGCUCUUCUGGAUCCCUGAGAUUGAGGUCGAAGUCCGGCCGUCGUGGUGGAGGAAUCGUCUGUGAAGCUCAGGAAACAGCCGUACAAGUACUCCCUGUGACUGAUAACACAUGGCAAUCACUUGUUCUUGAAUCCAAACUUCCUGUACUGGUUGAAUUCUGGGCUCCAUGGUGUGGCCCUUGUCGAAUGAUCCACCCUGUAAUUGAUGAACUUGCAAAAGAAUACACAGGAAAACUCAGUUGUUACAAGAAGGAGAGAAGAAAGAUGCAGUUAUCGGUGCAGUUCCAAAAACAACUUUGUCUGCUUGCAUUGAGAAGUUCUUGUAGAGGUGAAGAUUGGCAAAAGAGAAAUUUUGUCAUAUAUAAUGCCAUGAUUGACACAAUAUCAGCACCAGAUAAACCUAAAUAA